CUUGCGACCUGCGCGCUAAUGAACAUACUUCCUCUCGCGGCUUGGUCGUGCGUCUGCACCGAUCCAAUCUUCCAAUUCCGCGCAUAAUACGUGAUAAUCAUUACCUUCCGUGCCGUCCGCCCCAGUUUGUGAUAUACUAAAAUUCCGAAAUUAUAGUUCAGUGUUAACAUGGAUGUGGAAGCUGUAAGGGACGAUAUAAGCGUGGAAGAUGGCAGUUUGAUUGUUUACAACGAUCUUGUGUACUCCGUUAAUAAACCAAGAAUAUCUUUUAAAAGAAAACCGGAGCUAACUGGGGAUACAAAUGUUAUUGACCCUAACUUUAUACUCCGUGGAGCAUGUGGUGCCCUCAGACCUGGGCGGAUGACGUUCAUCCUGGGCCCUUCCGGAGCUGGGAAGACGACAUUACUCAAAAUAUUAGCUGGAAGAAAGAGGAACGGCGUGACCGGGUCGUUGUAUGGCGCAGGUCGCAGCUCGGUGCUGGUGGCACAAGACACCACACUCAUUGACACGCUGACAGCGAGAGAGACACUCAAGUUUGCAGCUAGCCUAAAGCUGCCGAACCAUUCUUUCAGAGAACGAUAUCAUGUGAUCAACACAGUAACGAAGCAACUUGGUAUAAAUGACGUUCUAAACACCAGGGCGGGAAAACUGUCAGGAGGAGAACGAAAGAGGCUGAUCAUAGCAUGCGAACUACUUACAGACCCCACUAUCAUGCUUCUUGAUGAGCCUACCAGUGGACUAGAUGCUGUAUCAUCGCUGUCUGUAGCACGAGCUCUUCACACAGUGGCCCGCAGUGGCAGGACCAUAGCUUGCGUCCUCCACCAGCCUUCUUCUCAACUGUUCAACACGGCUGAUGAUGUCAUACUCCUGGCCAACGGCAGGACCCUGUAUGCUGGGGCCGUGGCCGACGUCCCUGCUGCUCUCUACAGAGCCGGCUUUAUAUGCCCACAGUAUUAUAAUCUAGCGGAUUACUUGUUAGAGAUAGCUAGCGAAGAACACUCUGGGGAUAUGAAUCUCUUAGAACGUGAAGCCACCAGCUAUGCCCAAGAGAUGAGCAAGAUCGCCAAGAAUGAGAUUUAUAAUGGAAAAGCUAUUGAGUUAUCACCGGAAUCUGUGGCCCUACUGAAUCCCAGCCCGAGUCCUUCGAGAGGGUACGCCGCUGGUUUCUGUCAGCAGUUACAUGCGCUACUCUGGAGGUGUUGCAUUGGAGUACUCAGAGAUGUUCACUUGACACAGAUUCGACUGGUAUGCCAUUUCAUCGUAGCGUUACUCCUGGGCGCUCUUUACAACGGCGCGGGCGCAGAUGCGUCGCGAGUCAUGACCAACUCCGGCUGCCUGUUCUUCUUCCUACUGUUCCUAUUCUUCUCCAACGCUAUGCCUACUAUACAUGCAUUCCCCACUGAAGCCAAAGUAGUUCUGCAUGAACAUCUGAACAAAUGGUACUCUUUAUCAGUGUAUUGUGCUGCCAAAAUCAUCGUCGACUUACCCAUACAGUUAUUAUGUGCAACAAUAUUCCUAUUCCCCGCGUGGUACCUGACGUCUCAGCCGUUGGAGUUACAUCGGUUGGGCCUCGCGUGGCUAAUAUGUGCGCUUGUCACUAUACUGGCGCAGACAUUCGGAUUUGUUGUCGGCGCUUCUUGUGGAAUGAAGUUGGGGCUAUUCGUAAUUCCAGCAGCGAACAUACCGAUGUUGAUGUUCUCUGAGUUCUUCAUCCCUUACCACGAGAUGCCAGUGUACCUGCGUCCGUUCGCCUUGAUUUCUUACUUCAGAUACGCAUUCGAUGCUUUCCUAGAAACCGUUUUCGGUCUCGACCGAGGCAGACUACCCUGCUAUGAACCAUAUUGCAUGUUCAAAAACCCCGUUAAAUACCUAGAACAUUUAGGCCUCGCUAGAGACCUAAAAGCUGAUUUCACAGCUUUGGUGUUAUGGAUCGUCCUACUGCAAAUAACUUUGGUCAUAGUUCUGCAUGUGAGAGUGUAUAGAGCUUGCAGAUAAUUUCUUUCAAUUGCUAGGUCGAACAAAAAUUUAAUUUUCAUGAAUACUGCUUCUUAGUUCUUUAAGUACAAUUUUAUUGUCAGACGCACCUAUAGCACGUCUCUUAAUAUUAAGAAGAAAUAACAGUAGUCAAUGAUCUACUUGGAGGAGUCACAAAUUAUAUUAUAUAUACAAUAAUAAUGCAUACAUACCAAGUAGAUAUGUUUGAUCUGAUACGAAUAGGUAUAAGUGAGAUAUUAUUGAAUUUAAUUAAAUAUACUACUCUUUAGCCAUUAAUUAUGUUAUAUAUUGAUAUUAUUAUUUCGGAGAUGCAGGUAUCAUAGGAAUAUUAAGUAAUGGAAAAAUCCAAGGUACUUUGUAUAGGUUGAUGUGCAAUGAGGGUGAAGGUACAUAAUAUACAUACAACAAUCUGAUAUGACAGGAAAUCAUUUAUUCCAUCCAUGUUUGAAUUGUGUUUGAUAAAUACUGUAAAAUAAUAUAUUAUAAUAAUUCUAUCUAUUGUCCUCACCACUCACUGAUACUAGUUAGUAACUAACAAGAUAUCAGACAGUAGUGCGAACAUCGUCAGCAAUGGUUCAAAGUGCAGCGAAGCGUUUUACUCAGAAUACAGAGUGCCCAGUAUAUCUGUAGAUGUUAGUACAAAUUCAAGUAAUGAACAAAGCAAUAUUUUCCCACCAAUUCGUUAAUACUGCUGCAUUUUUUGAUCCAAUGUUUCUUUAAUACAAGUAUGUACCUACCUAACUAAAGAUAAUGUACUAGGAAAUGAAUCGCUCGAAUUCUAUUUGUGCGAAUAAUCUUUGCCCUCAUUCGCAUAUCAUUAUCACAUACAUAUGGUUAGCCUAUUAAUUGGCCCGAUACAGUCAAAUUUAAACAAAGAAUUUAAAUACUAAAAUUAUAUGAUAUUAAUAAUAUUUAGUAGCUUUUACUGCAAAUAAUAACAAUGUUGAUUCUACGCAAAAGCUCUCUUAAUGACUUGAUAUCAUAGCAAAUUAUAUACUCAAUACUACUUUUAAUUACAAUAAACAUUCAGUACAACUUACUAAGUAUUUAGACAUUAUUGACAAUAAACAAUCUGUUUUACAUUACAAAAAUACUGUCCAGACUAGACAUUUAGACUAUUUAGCACUACGACCAUUUUAUGUAAUGCUAAGAAAAAAUGUGCUAUUAGAAAAAAAAAAUAUGCAUGUCUUUUUGAAGUAUAUGAGGAAGAAACAUUUUGUGUUUUUUUUUUUAAGUAAAUAUAGCACCUCAUUUUCAUAGAAUGAUCGUAGUAAUUUAAAAAGUACACGUACAUACAGAUACCGGCACGGAUAUUGGGCUCUCGGCGGAAGAGUGGGGAUCGCUUUGCGCACCCGUACGUAUAAGGCAAUAAGGCAGUAAAUCGCUUCUGCGCAGGUAAGGUCAUGGCCCGAUAUCCGUGCCGAUAACUGUACAUCAGCAAAUUGAAAUAAUGUCUGCGAAGAUAGAAAUGUAUGCUAUACUGUAUAUAAAGAAGAUUAUUUUAAUUUUAACAAAGCGAUGUUUGAUGUCGAUUUGUCUGAUGCAAUAUAAUAUUGUAUGAAAAUAGCUGUGAUUCUAAAAUCGAUAUGAAUACAUAUUUUAUUGAAAUUACAUCUUGUAAUACAAUCUACGCUACCUACUAUAUUUUGUUUCGAGACAAUGAUGAAGCUUUUAUAUUUAAUUUAAUCUGUCGAUAAUCAAAAUCAUAAAAUUUAAAUUAUGAUUAAAAUGACAAGCAACUAGGAACCAAGUGUAUUUUGUAUUACUACUAAUGGAAGGACACCAUAAGCACGAAUUUAAGGGAGAUAGUAAUAUAAGCAUUUUCCUAUUUUCGAAUAGUCUGACCCUUAUUAUCCCUUCAACACACAUCUCAAAAAAAUUCGUGCUAAGCCUUUGCAGAUAUUGUGAAUUUUGUAAUACAUCUGUGUACGUUUACGAUAUCUAAGUAAAAUUAAAAGGCUUCAAGGUUUUGCAUUGUAUUUGCUAACAUAAAUGUUUAAUUACCGUUAUAUACACAAGCUUAAUACGGGACUAAAAAUAAGUGCAUAUGUUUCAUACAUCUCAAUCUUGGACUCAUUCACAGCCUUUAAGAUCUAAGCAAUAAAACUAAUUGUACAUAUCUAUAUACUGCAUAAAUAUUGUAUAUAGGUUCUUAGGUCUUAGGUAAAUGUGAUGAAUAUUUCAAUAUAUUUUUUUACUUUUAUA